AUGUCCACUGAAGAAGUCAAGCACGAGACUGCGGCCGCGGUCGCCGCCGAGGAGGCCGAGGACCACGAAGACGCCGGCGUCGAGACGGGCGAGUCGGAGGAGCCGCAGGCUUACUUCGAGCCCGUCGUCAAGCUCAACGAAGUCGAGGUCGUCUCGGGUGAGGAAGACGAGGAACACAAGGAGGCUGGCAAGGUCCGCAUGCUCAUGCGCCAGGAGAAGACGCUCAAGAUUACGAUCAACCACUUGGUCGAGUCGCGCGCCGAGUUGGGUGCCAACAUGGGCAGCGACCGUGCCUGGGUCUGGACGUGCUACGAUUUCUCGGAGGGCGUCGUCGAGGCCAAGACGUUCGCGUUGCGUUUCGCCAACGCCGAGAACGCCCAGGCGUUCAAGGAAGCCCACGACAACGCUAAGAAGAUCAACAAGGCCCUCGAAGCUGGCGCUGACGCCGAGGACACCUCGGCCGGCGACGCCGCCGCCAAGGCCCUCGAGAGCCUCGACGUCAAGAAGGAUUAA